AUGGACGACAGCCACAUGGCCGAAGUGCUGACCCUAGAUCUUCGAAGGGUUUGGACAUGCGGUUCGGGAAAAACGGUCACGAAGCGGCAUAAUAAACGACAUCCCUCGUCGGAAGACGACCAACAGGGCGGGGACGAGGAGCAGGCUGGCGACACUGUUUCUGACUCGUCGUUGCCAACAGACUCUACCAGUACUGGCCCAAGGCAGGCACCUGACGCCACAGACAUGACGGCGGCUUCGGACCUGUCGCCCAACUCGGACGAGGGGUUGAGCUUGGACCGGCAGCCGUCGCUGACAGACCUCCGCUCGCUAGACAGCGAGAGCGACUCCCUGGCGGCGGCGAUGCAGCCCCUGCCGAGCCGGCGCCGCCAGCAGGGCUCGAACGACACACCGCUCAGCGGCCACAGGAUCCACCAGUCGCAGUCGCCGCCACACCACCGACUGGACCAUCCGUUCUCCGGGCGGCAAAUGUCGGCCAGCACGACCUUCCACGGGCUGCCCUCUCUGCCCGGCUACACGGAGCGCAAAGGCGGCGGCGGCAGCGGGGGCGGCGGCGGCAGCAGAGGCGGCAAGGACGCCCCGGAGGCUCCCCGUGGCUCGCGCCACAGCGACGGCCACCACCAACGCGCAGCCACGUCUGCCGUGCCGCCGCCUGUCGACUACCAAACCUGGUCCAGGAAAAUUGUCGAACUGCAGCAGAUGAGCGACUCGUUGACCCGAGGCAUUGCCAACUUCAUCCGCAUCGCAGCGUCUUCUGAUCCGCAGUACGAGGGUGCAGUGCCCCCCCUAGUUCCGAACGACCGUCACGGUUCGACCGCCGAGAGUUACUUCACUAGGAACACCUUUGACACUCCGUCGUCUGCCGCAACCUACCGUACCGUUUUCUCCCGCACCGGCUCUGCCUCAGAUAAUGAACGUCACAUCGAUACGACAAACUCGGCGCGAGAUAACUGCGCGGCUUCUCGUGUGAGUUGCACUGUUACUCCUUCUGACAUUCCCACUUCAGCUGACAGGUACGAAAAGGCGAGUCGUUCGGAAAGAGAGAGGGUCUCGGGGUCGCCGGCGACCCUCCGUUGUGGCAGCUACCUGUACCGCGACCACGGCGGCAUUCGGGGACCGCCGCAAGCCGGCCUCGGUGAUACGGUCGACAGUUUCGUCACGAUUGCCACCAUUCCGCCGUUGGGCGGAGUGGGACUCGACGCGAACGAAGCUCUGAAACGGCAAAGCGCCGAGGUUGCGGGCGACGUCGGCGGCUACAGGCCAGGCGCGGUGUUCCCUGCUAGGCGCCAGUGCACCGGAGAGAGCGGCGAUUUUGAACCGCCCGGCCGACUGGUCAACUCCGAAACUACCAGUUCUGUGGAAAUGGGCCACUGCUCUCGCAACUGUAUUUGCAAAGAAGAUUGCUCGUAUGGACCGCGAAUUAGCACCGAGGUCUAUCCGAAGGACUUACCGACUGUUACCCUUUUUGAGCGCACUGACGACGACGUAAGGAAAUGUACAGACAGCGCAGUCGGUGUGAAUUUUCGCGCAACAGAAGAAGUCGUUUCCGAGGAAGUUUGUAAACACGAUUCCUCUUCGACAAACGAGACACUGGAAGACUCCGUAUGCUGGGUGCGCGGUGCGCGAUCGGAAGCCGUGAUCAGUUCUCGCACGAGUGAUUUCGUCCUGCCAGAUACGGGGAAAAAUUAUACAUUUCCACCGGCAAUCAGUGGGAUUGACGAAAUGCGAGCAAUGCUCACGAAAGACAGGAACGCGAAUACCGGUGAAUCGUCAGUGAACCACAAUUGUCGCCCGCAAUCUUUCGACACAAAUGGUGAACAAGAGAAUGAGAGAUCCGUGACAGAUGCUGCACAACUGAAAAAAGUGGAGGGAGAGCACGAUUUGAAAUGUUCAAACAAAAACAACAGCUCAAGUUCUUUAAGCAGAGAGAGUAACAGUGAACCUUCGUACAGCCUGGAACAGCACUUCCUCCCGACCACCGGGAUGAGUUACGUCGAAGAAGUGCUCGAGACUGACGCUGAGAGAGAAGUGACGAAAAUUAAUAAUGAUGUCGAAGAUGAACUUAAAAACAUUGUGAGCAGCAAAGACACUCUCAAAAAGGAACACCUGGGCUACAAUCGGACAGGAUCGAAGAACCAGAGUGUGAGCAGUGUCGCGUUCAAGACGCUUAAAGAAGACGCUCCGAUGGAGAACAUUUGUGUCAGUACUUGCGCGUUGAAAACGCUUUUGAGUGGUCACGGAAUUAUGGAAGACGUUAUAGAAAUGCGCAAAUUAAGUAACACAGAAGUGGAAACUAAUGAAGUGGGACCCCGUUUAACAUCGUUCAGGGAAUCUACUUCCGGUAUCAGUAGGUUCUGUGAGAGUAGAGUUCAGUCGGACCCGGAGCAGCACGGGAGAGACGAAAUGUCGAGACGCGAGACGUGUAGAACAGACGAGCCACAAGCUACGGAGAAAGAUUCCUAUUUCAAGUCGAGAACUAGUGUACGAGUCGAUACGCGUUUCUCACGAACAGGGAACGUCGCGGACGCAGAUUUGUGCGAUACGAGCGUUACUGUGCUAGCCGCGGAGAGGGACGUGGAAACUGGCGAAGACGGGUCGCGCAGCGCUACGCCGACGGAUGAGUGCAGGGGCAGCGACGCGUACCGGGACCCGGCGAAGGACGGGCCGGGCGACGACAGCGACUCUGCCAGCACCAGCGCGUCCACGUCGCUCUUCGGGGGCGUCGUCCGGAGGGCGGAAGCCGCGGCCCGGUCGGCGGCUUCGCCGGGCAGCGCCAGCAGCUGCUCCAGCAGUUCGGAGCUGAUAGCGCCGACCAACAGCUUCGAGGACGUGCCCAGCAGCUCGCGGCGGUCGCCCGUGCGUUACGACGCCAGGGAGACGCUGAACCUCGUCAGGGACCUCAUCUGGAAGGAGAGUACGUACGCGACAUUGCGCCCGGAACACGACACGGAGCUGCCGCCGGCGCUCGGCUCUCAGCAAGGCGCGGGCGAGGAGAGGCAGACCGGCGGACACAGCUCUGCGGAGCGGCCGGCGGAGCGAGCCGGAGCUGCGGCCGACUGCGGGGAACCGCAGUCGCUGUCGGAGCUGUGCAACGGCAGCGGCGUCCGCACCGUGCUGCAGCCCAGGCCACACGUGCGACACCACCGCAGCUCGCAGACGUGCGUCGCGGUGGGGGAGUUCCCCAACAUCCCGGCCGCGGACAGCCUGCAGCGCACGCUCAACACGACCAACCUGAAGGGCACCGGCAGGUCUCCCGCCGCCAGCCCCAAGGGCGGACCGGCCUCUGCGUGGGCGGCGCGACUCCACGCCAGGGCCGCCGCCGCGCCGCCCAGGAGCAGCGCCAACGUGCCGAGCGGCUGGCCGGCGGUGAGUGCGCGCCCCCUAGGGCGGCCCGCCGGAGCCGCAGCGGCUGCCGGCGUGUCGCGCUCUGCCGGCUCGUCGCCGCGGCCGCCGUGCUCCGCCUACACCAGGGAGGCGGCUUCCGCCCGCAGCCACGGCGCCAGCGCCCGCGACCUCACCGUGAGCCGCAGCAAGGACGCCACCGCCGCCGACGCCCUGCUCGCCGACGCCGCCAGCCUCUUCCGCUCCAAGCUGGAGGCCUGCGACCGCAGGCAGGUCCGUAUCUCGGCGGCACCGCCCGCUCUGCUGGGCACAGCGGGGGAGCAGCGGCGCCUGCAGAAGAGCCGGCCGCUGUCGGCCACGCCGCGGCUGUCGGCGCCGGCAGCUGGCGGGCCGCCCACGCUGCUGAGAAUGCUGCGACCCGGGGCCAGGUCUGCCGCUGGGGAGUUCUCGCGCAAUGGACGCCGGCAGCCACUGCAGGAACAGGAUAGCUGGCACCAGCGACAACAGCAGCUGCAACAGCGGCAGAUGCAGCUGCAGCAGCGACAGCAGCAGCUGCAACAGCGCCAGCUACAGCUGCAGCAGAGGCAACAGAUGCAGCAGCGCCAGCAGCUACUGCAGCGACAGCAGCGGCUCCAGCAGACGGCUGGAUGGCAGCAGCGGCUCAACCAUACGCAGGUCACCAAGCCGACCAGCCGGCAACCCACGUCCAGGACGUGCCGCAGCCCCGGCGCUCCCGAGGCGCUCAGCUCGGCCGGCCCGUGUGACGCCACCGCCCCCGCCGCCCCCACCGCCCCCGGUUGCGCGUCGCUGCGGAUGCUGCAGGCGCGGCUGAGGGCCGGGGGCAGCGUGCACCGCGGAGUGGCCGCCGACGAGCCGCCGCCGCCGCAGUGGCUGCCCCGGGAGGCGGAGGCGGAGGCGGACGACGAGGACUGCCGCCGCCCCACCAGGGACCAGCCGCCGCCCCGCGACACCUGCCCGGGGGGCGGCCAUCCCGCACACCUAGGUACGGCCGACACCUGCCCGGGGGGCGGCGAUCCCGCACACCUAGGUACGGCCGACACCUGCCCGGGGGGCGGCCAUCCCGCACACCUAGGUACGGCCGACAGCUCGCCCGUGGCUGUCGAGCCGGCAGAGGCGGAACAGUUGCGAGACGAGGCGCAGGCGGGGUCGCACGACGCACGCGAGCUGAAGGAAGCGGGCGGCGACACUGACAAUUGUCAGGCACCAUCAGAGGCCAAGGGUGGAGCUUCUUACGGGGUUUGUGCUUAUCGUUCAGACAUCUCUUCACUUUUAAGUGCUGACUUUGUAAAUGAAGAUGCUCGCCUCGCCGAUUUACUUCCGGAGCCUUCUACCUUCCUAUUCGUCAACUAUCUCCCGUCGGCACCUGUCAGAGAAAGAGAUGAGGAAGAUUUCAUUCGCGAAAUCAUGUUAUCCGGCCAGGGAGAUGUAUUCGCAGGUUCUUUCGAUACAUUACUACUCCCACGCUGCGUCGACGAAACGCGAGUAUGCGAUCUUAGGAAGUCUCCCGAUGGAGAGACGUUGGUCAAAGUGGAAUCGGAGCAUCUAAUUGAGCCCCCAGCUGAAUUCUGCGGCGACGCGAAAGACGGUGACGGGGGCGACACGGAACUUUCGUCUCAGUCACCAGAGGGGAGCGACUGCCCCAGUGUUUCUUCACCGGCAGGAGAUGAACCUGAAGUCAUUCACACUGGUGACGCAGGCUCGAAAGCGACGUGCAUUGGAAUUUCCGGCGAUUCGUCCAUACAGACACGCGGCGAAACUGAUACGAGCGACAACGUGGCAACUGCAGGGGACGUCGAUAAGCUCGCAGAAACUGUAGGGACGAGCAGCGAGAGUGGGACGGACGUCUACCACCUGGACGAGGAUAACGCCAGUCUCAGUCACUCCAGCUGCAGCGACGUUUCCAGCAGAGAGUCUACGUCGAUCGUCGAUAGUGGACGAACUUCGGAGAAUCUCACCGAGGGGCAAAAUCACGUAGCGGAAGAAAACCCACUUCGCGAGAAUGAUUGCGCGCUAUUUUGCUGCGGUUUGUGCACCAUUCAGACGACCCCACUGAAUGUGGAUAGGACAAAUACAGCCUGUACGUUUGUUGCUGACAGCUGCUCACCACAAGAGACUGACCUUCGAAAUAAGUGCAGCAAUGAUGAAACGAAUGCCGCAACUGGAGAAACAGCUGCAAGCGAGGGUAGCAACUUCAUGGAUAACUCUUGUACCGUGCCUCCCAAACAGCCGUCUCGCCUGAGCGUUGGCAAUGUCAGUAGGGAUGAAUGCAGUGCAGCUGACAGUCACGUGGAACAGCAGGUAAAGUCUGAGGAGAGAGCAAAUGAUAGCGAAAGAGAUGUAGCAGGCGUACGCCAAGAUCAGAACGACAUCGACAAUCAUGAGAAACCACCGUCUUGUAGCGCGCUUCCCGUCACAUAUUCUCUUGUGAUGCUCUGCGAUGAAGCUACGAGCAGUGGCUCUACUGCCGACAAGCCAGUUCGAGACAGUACGGACUUUGCUGAAUCGAAUAUACUUACAACUGAAGAAAAUGAAGAUGACAACAAAACAAUUAUGUCGUCUUCCUUUACGCCGCCUUGUGAGUCACUUACUCCGACACAGACCAGUGAAUAUACAGACUGUGGCAACACAACUGAGAAUACCAUGGGAUGUCCGACUGAAGACAGGGGAAGUCGAAACGACUGUAAAACAGACAUAGACAAUAUGGUCGGAAAAAUAUCCGUGAACCUUGCCGACAAACAGUCGCUUUCCUCGCUUUUCAGCCAAGGGUCUUCACAGACGCUUUGGUACACAAGUACAGAUGACGAAUGUACAACGGACACUAACGCUGUGCCUAAGACUGUAAUUCAAGAUGAAUGUGGGAAAAGGGUGCCGUGUACUGUCGAUGCUUAUGGUUACGAAACAGAUCCUUGUUUGAAACAGAAUAUAUUGGUAGAUGGCUCACGGUGUGAGAAGUAUCUGACCGACGUUGGUAUGGUCGCCACGGAAGAUAAAACUAACGGCUAUGAAGACAAUAACAGUAAUGCGGACAUUGUGUCACGAGAUUUACAGGGCGAAGAUAGUUUUCGUGAUGCGGAGGAUGACAGUACAACCAUUAAUUCAUUGAAUAACGACGAUCUUACGGAUGCAUCGUCUGUAUCUGAUCCGUUUUCCUCAGUGCAGUUCUUCUCUGACAGUGAUGAAGCACCUUCGACGUCUGUAGAAGGCACUGCUACAGCACGUCGGCUGCCAGCGGAACCCAGCACCGAUUACGUCAACGAAUGUUUUAAUCAGCUUUUUCUGAAUUUCGUCAGGUCGCCGGAAGUGUGCGCGUUACGCGAUAAUUCUAACGAGGAAGUCAACAGUACCGAUAUUAGCAACAACGUUUCUUCCGAAGUAAAUGAAAAAAUGAUACCAACGGACACUGAGGAGACAUCUUGUGCAACUGCGUCAGCUGCUCGUGCGCCGGAAACAUGGUCGACGGAGACAAAUGAUGCCCAGCAAACUCAGGUUGUCGAUGUAAUUACCUCGGCCACGUCGUGGGUGACGGUCUCGACCGUAAGUUCCUUCGAAUUACCAGCAGACUCAAGCACAUCGUCUCUGAACAUACGUUGUACCCAAAAUGAGGUGGACAAUAGUCAGGAACACGUGGGAAAUUCCUCGGAUGAUGCUGAAGGCACCCCAGACGUGACAGCGUACGAAAGCUACUCUGCACGUUCCGCUGGAUUACCCGUUAAAUCAAACAUCUCGUCUCUGGUCAUAACUGGCGCUAAAAUUAGGAUGGAAAAUACUGCAGAAGAAGUGAUAAGUUCCUCGAAUAAUGAAGAACGCUUCAGGGACCCCGCAGCAGACGCAAACUACACCGUACAUGCCUCUGAAUUAGCAACUGAAGCAAACAUCUCGUCUCUGGUCGUAGCUGGCAUCCAAAAUAAGGCAGAGGUUAAGGCAGAAGACGUUGGAACUUCCUCCGAUAAUGCUGAAGGUAUCGUAGACGCAGAGGCAGACGAAAGCUGUACCAUACAGUCCUGUGAAUUAGCAACUGAAAAAAACAUCUCGUGUCUGGUCGCAGGUGUCAUCUUAAAUAAGGCAGAGGUUAAGGCAGAAGACGUUGGAACUUCCUCGGAUAAUGCUGAACGCAUCCUAGACGCAGAGGCAGACGAAAGCUGUACCAUACAGCCCUGUGAAUUUGCAUUUGAAGCCGAAAUCUCGUCUCUGGAUGUAGCUGACAUCCAAAAUAAGGAAGAGGUUAAUGUAGAAGAUGUGGUAAGGUCCUCGGACCAUGCUGAACGCAUCGUAGACGUAGAGGAAGUCAUAAACUGCACUAUAGAUUCCCAUGAAGUUCAAGCAAUCACCUCGUAUCUAGCCAUAGUUGGUGUUCAAACUGUCAUAGAAAAUGUGGAAAAUUCCUUGGAUAGUGCAGAACGCAUCCGGGAUACGGCGGCAGGCGGAAGCUCUACCAUGUGUUUCUCUGAAUUAGCAGAAGAAACAAACAUCUCUCCUCCAAUUGUAGAUGGCACAGAAAAUCGGGUAGAGAUUAAUGCAGAAAAUGUCGAAAGUUCCUCGGAUAACGCUGAUGACCUCCAAGAUACGAGGACACAUGAAAACUAUAUCACAGCUUCCCCUGAAUUACCAGUUGAAGCAAACGUAGGAGGUGCCCAUAAUAACUUAGAGAAUAUCGUAGCACACGUGGAACAUCCCUCAGGUAGUGCUGGAAGCAUCGGACAUACGACGGCAUGCGAAAGCCACACAUUGGAAAACGACACUGUGUCUGGAAAGGAAGAUGAUGGACCCUGUGCAGGUGUUAGUAACGAAGAGAUUUCGGGAGAAAUUCCCUUAGGGGAACCAUCCACUUCUUGGGAGACCCUCUCAGUGCACAGCAGCACAACGGACGAAGACUCAGCGGAUAACACGAGGGAGUCAGCUGUCACCACACAACCACAACAAAGGCGGAGGCGGUACAGGAGGGACGUGCACUGGAGGGCGGCCAGGGCGGAGGCGGUGGAGGACGAGAGCCGCGCGUACGACCUGAUGCUGGCGUCGCCCGACGUCGAGGUGCGCCUGUGCGAGGCGCUCUCCCACUCCGAGAGCGAGCAGCCGCUGCUGCCCACAGGGUCGCGGGUGGCAGCCCUGGGCAGCGUGGGAGGGCCGGACGCCGAGGUGCUGGUGGCGGCGCUGGCCGGCGUCGCAUUGGCGGACGCCGACGCCCGCGCCGACGACGCGGCCGACAUCCUCUACGGCAGCAGGGACCUGCACAGCGCGGCGGUGGAGGCGGCGGUGGCGUGCGUCGUGGACUCGGAGCUGCGCGACCUGUCGGCGCUGUACGUGCAGCGGCUGGGCGGCUGUCUGCUCGUGUCCGGGGAGCAGGAGCAGCAGCAGCCGCGGCCGUGUGGCGACACCUGCCAGGCGCCCACGCUGCCAGGAGACGAUGAAGCCUCGCCGCGUGCAUCGCCAUCGAUCACUCCUCCAGCGUCCCCGCCGCCACCUGCACCAGGGCUUCAGGACACACCCAGCAGUUGCAGUCUCCACGAGGGCGCAGUCGCAGACGCCUCGGCAGAGCGCGCGCGCUCGCACGCCAUCGCCACGCUGCUCACCGUCUGCCUCUUCCUGGCCGCCUACAGCAGCUGCCGGCUGAUCGACCCCAACCAGCACGUGUCGUAGCGGCGCCACACCCCUCUACGACACUUCAUGACUGCCGGAAGAGGGGCAGCUAGUCCUACAGCAUUUUUCCAGUCGAAGAUGGCCAAAUAUGGAACUCAGAGGUCUGUGACGUCGAGCCGGGAAAUGACCAUCAAAAUAAAAGAGUUAAUAAAGGAACCCCUUUAUUAUUUCCACAAAGUGUUUGUUAAGUGGUAUUAUAAUCAUACUAUGUGUAUUUGUGUUCUGAAGCUGCAAAAAAAGGAUCAAAAUAAGACAUAUGAAGCAACAGAUGCGAAAGUGUUUGCGAUUCUUACAGUGCUGCAAGCGUUCAGUGACUGUUUCGAUUGAACAUCACAUUCUAAAUUAUUUUUUUAAAGUUGUCCAUUAUUGUCAUUACUUGAAUGUUUUAUUAACAAUGGUGAACUGAUCGAAUCAUUUUAUACAGUACAUUUUUCAGUCAGUUGCUCAAAGUAAAUUGAGGAGAAAGACUGAUGAUGGUUUGUCUUCACCCAUCAUCAGG